AUGCCGCGAGUGUUGGAGGACCAUAUAUUCCCCUGGUUCCACCCCUUCUUCAAACCUCUCCAUGGGCUACUCGCUGAAUGGUGGGCAAUUCUCUGCAGUGGCUUCAACGAGAAGGGAAACAUCCUAUGUCGCCACUACCCUGUUGCCGCGUUUCGCAACGCUUUGGAGAAGACUCGGGACACACUCGAAGAGCCGGACGAGAAACACUUUUCCCUCAUUCAACAACGGACAGAAAUGGCAAGGGUAAAAUCAGCGGCCAUUCAGCUCACUCGAAGUGUCCUUCCUCACCGUACCGGCCGUCAAGGAGCGAAACGGAAGGUAGACACCGUGGAAGGUGUCACAACGCCGCCCAAGGUACAUUCGGAUUCUCCCACUAUCCCUCGAUCCAAGUCCCGUGGGUAA